UUACUCAAGGGCCCAAUGGAGUAGGAUCACUCCUGGCAUUCAUACCAGUAACCUUCUGAUUACCAGCACAGAGCCCUAGCCUCAGAGCCACCACUGCACCCACAUGGUGGGCUCUGCUCUAUAGUAGGCUGCAUGAUAACGAGAUUAAAAAUAAUUAAUUAGUUAUUCUUUUAAAAUUAAUCACACAUGUCAGCAUGUUAACUUUGACAGCCACAAUGAUGUACUAUGGUAUCAGCUAUGGUAUCAAAUUUCAGAUGGUAAACACUACUCUACACUUCAAUUACCUGAUAUCAGUGGGUUGAUGUCAUGGCUUAGCCUACACAGUAUUAUGCCCCAAUUACGUGCUUCUGCUAGAACUCGUAAAUCAACUACAGUUAGUAAAACUACACUGUUAUAAAACUAUCACAGCAUAUAACAUUUGACAACUGCUGCCAAAGUACUAACAACAUACUUAUAAUAUACCAUAUUCAGCUGCUUGCUAAUGGUAUCGUGUUUUGAUAAAAGAUGUUUCUUCUUGUACAGAAAUUUGUGCCCUUAAUGAUAUCACAUUUUAUAGCUUGUUUCAUAGUGAAUUAGUAGUAGUAGUAAUAGUUGUAGUAUAUACAUUUAUUGCAUGUUUUUACAGAUGUACUGUUUAUCAAAUUUUAAUAUGUUGCCAAUUUUUAUUUAGUUUUUAUUUGUUAAGCGCAGCUGGGUAGCACACUGUUCACUCCACGAGGGUUUCCCCCCACCUUCCAAAGACACAGAGUGGACUAACUAGUGGCACGAGGCUAAGUGGGUUAGUGUAUGUGAUUAGAAGACUGCAGGUUCAAAUCGCUUGGCUGAAUCAUCCGGGUUAUUUGUAUGUUAUUUUGGGAGAAAAAGAUCUGCUAAAUAAGUAAACAUAACUGGUGUGCUUAGGUUGCCUAGACUAUGUGACUAUUUAUGUAUGUAUGUAUGUAUGUAUGUAUCACAUUAACAUGCCAGAAUACUUUCAUGAGAUUCAACAUUUUUCAGUUUUCAAAAAAGAUUUUCCACUGCAUUUUCUUUCACUCAAAACUCUAGUUAUUUCAUAAAAAUGCAGAAAUUUCAAUACCACUUGAGAAAUGUUGUAUUUUCGUGUUUGAAUUGCCUUAUAAUGAUGGUUUUUAUUUAAUUAAAAUGAGGCUAAAUGAAAUGUAUUUUUAAAUGAUUUAAUUUUGAUUAAACCAUUGAAUACAAGCGUUACGUCAAUAAAAAGUACACAUAACUUAGUACGAGAAUGUUAGACAAAAUCGCAUGCAUUUUUCUAAAUUAAGCAGCGAAGUGCCGACUGAUUCUGGACAUAGAAAUUGUCUUUCAUCUUCCAUAAUGGCUUACACAUCUAUCCAGGCCCGAACUGGCCACUGGGAGUACCGGGAUAUUUCCCUGUGUUCUGGCCUGCCAUUCAGAGCAGACCUCUGAAACAAGUAGAUCAUUUUACAAAACAGAUGCUGUAGUGCAAAAUGCGCACGCAGCAUGGUCCCGCCCCGUGUGUCUCAUUUCGCGGUACUUUAAGGUGACAGAUAAAAUAAGUUUUCACCUUAAAUUGAUUUCAGUUCUUGUAACAUCACUAUUUUUCAGUCAUCCCGCAUUGAAAACAAAAAGCUGUGUCGCGGUUGGAACCAGCAUUGUUUCGCACCGCUCGGAAAAUUUAAUCGUCACCCUACCCCAGAUUCCUGGCCUCAUCAAGCCUCGCAGUCCGGCCCUGCAGCCAUUUUAUUUUAAGCUGACGGUCCUUUGUAAAUGAGUGCUAGCAUGCGUGUGGCUGUUUUGUGUUUAAGAAGAACGAGGAGACACAACAUUCGACCGUACCGCUACACGACAGAAGCGUGAAAAAUAACUAUCACCGUGUAACAUUCGUACAAUUGCAUUGCCUUCUUAGAUAUGUAGUUCUAAACCGAACUCUAGCUAACACAAACCUCCGCGUUAACAUUUUAAGAACUACUCGAACCAUAAUGCAUAUCGUCAGCGCGAACUUCCUCUCUCUCGCGGGCUUUGUUUUGUUGUGGCGGUACAUUUGGAAGUUUAUGUUGUCCGUUUUCAACACCAACUUUAAAUACCUCCACGGCAGUUUAUAGUGAUGUCAGAGGAUUAACGUACGAGAGGGUAAGCCGUCAUGUCAUCUUCAGCUGGCAUGCAGCCGUCGGAAAUCAGCAUCCUCGCCCGCUGGAUGCCGAGCAGGCACCGGGCCGGAGUCAUUCUGAGUCCUUCUCUGGACGGAGCCGGCUCACCGAGGGACAGUUGGGACGAUUCCUUCGCCUCACAGUUCGUCCCCCUUCCCGCGUCAAACAGCAGCAGCAGCAUAAGCCUUGAUUCUCUGGUGCUGGCCGACACUAGAGACCCGGACCAGAAGGGGAAAAUGAAGCUGCUGGACACACUCGGGAUCGCCGAGGAUAGGGUGUGCUUGGAUGUGGCUGACAGGAAGAUCAGCGAUUGUCCGAUAGCACAGAAACUAGAGGAAUUAAAGGAGUUGCAGAGAGCCAUGCAGGAGCAGCUAAAAGCCCAUCAGAUGGAGCAGCUCCACCCGCUACUGCCAGAGCCUCAGAGGUUCCUGGGUACAGUCGGCCAGCAUAGCAGUACAGAUUUUGCAGGGUCCUCUUUGCUGGCAGGAAAAGGCCCUGUGACUGCGGAGCCCUCUCAGUGGGCCCUGCUGGCUGGCUCCAUUGGCAUUUCCACUCCCUCUCAGGCCAUAAGCAGUCCGCCAGCAGUCAGGCCUGGAUUGCCACUUUUGCCUGUCCAGUCUCUACAGUGGGAGCCAAAUGCCGUCCCUGGUAGGGCAUCCCUGGGUGUUGUGGGGCAACAGGAAAGCCCCCAUUCCCAACAGGACCCAAAAACAAGCCUGUACUCAGAAAAAGGAGAGGCACCCUCUGAUACCACCCUGGGAGCAGAUGUGUGGGAACAGAGUUACAGCCGUGACCAGCAUAGCGCUGACAGAAGCUACAGAAAUGCUAAAAGCGAUAAUGAUGAUCGAGAAUUGACAACCUCUACGAGCAACGACCAGCUUCCAAGCCCUGGCAGAGAAGAUGAUUGGAGUGUCCCACCCUCAGAAGACAGGCCCAUCAAACCAGGGGUUGGGAGCAAGAAGCAGACGUUUGAGGAGCUUCUAGAAGAGCAACUGCAGCUGGAGGAGCAGAGGAUGAAGGUUGUCCAGCUGGGGCAGACUACAGUGGAAGUAAAAGGCCCCCUAAAGAGAACCUUUCUACGGCGGGGGGAGGGCCUUGCUCGCUUCACUAGGGGAAAAGCUGCCAUCCCAAAAAGGAGAGAUAAGGAUGCUGUCACCCACGUGCCCCCUAAGUCCAGCACUUCCAGUGAUACAGGACCCAGCAGAAACAUUCAGAAAAACAGUGUUUCCCAGCGCCCUGCCAUCCAGCGCAAGACUACUGCCCUGAACAAAGAGAACCGCCCAGAGCACCAGCCUGUGGGCCAGGAACUCCGAAGACCGCAGACAAAGGGUGCUGUCCAACCACAAACCAGGGUCCUCAGCAGAAAUCAAAGGCAGAACAUAGUGGCUCCAGAUUUGGGGAGGUCUAAGGCUGGGGAAACACAAGAGCACAAUGGAAAAGAGACGACUAGCAGCGGAAUGCAAGGCAGAAGGCUAGUUCCGCUUUCUCGUCCUCCGCCAUCAAAGGCUGUGCUGGUAACAAAGUACAUGAGUGGGGAGGAGAUGAGUGGAGUCCAGAGGCAGAUGCAGAUGAGGCCUACACCCAGAGCAUCCCAACCCCCACCAGAGUCCUUUGAGCUGUCCUUCCAGGGUAAGCUGGAGCGCUGGGACUCGGAGAAGCUGCAGGAGAAUGCGGAGCUGGGUGAGUUUGAGCUGCUGGAGCAGGCUGCUGAGGAGCUGUCCUUCUCCAGCAAUUCCUCCUUCGUCAUGAAGGUGCUGCAGCUCGACCGCCAGAGCAGAGGAGGCCACCACAACCGCCGGCUAUCCUCUACUCCUAUCAAGAGCCUGGAAAGGAGCCAGUCUGCUGGAACAGGAUGUCGCCCACCCGUUUGCACAGGUGCAGUCAGGCUAAAGCCUGGAACGACAGGGCAGACAAAGAGUAAUAACCUCAAAGUGAAGGAGGUGCAGGCCUUGACAAACACGGAUGCCACCAGAGCAUCAAGUCACAGUAGCUUGGAAUUAGGGGACCCAGAUGACACUGUCCGGGAGGUAGUAUCCCCAGCUGAGCCAGCAUUGCAUGGACAUCUCUCCUUUCCGGUACCUUCUGGUGCCCUGUAUGACAGGAUGUCUUACCAGGACAGAGACAUCGACUUAGACCACAAUAAAGGAAAGGAGAGCUGUGAGGUUGAAUUCAAUCAGCAUGCAGGUGCAAUCCUCACUGAGAACGGAGAGGCUAGGACUGCAGGCCACAUUGUGUUUGACGAUGACGACACGUGGAAUGAUGUGGAGGAAGCUGGAGACUUGGAGGAAGAGGAAGAAACUGCUGGAGAUGAUGAUGAUGAUGAUGAUAAUGAAACCAGAAUGGGAGAUUCAGACUGUGUCAGCAUAGAAGCCAUAAGCCAUGUCCCUUCGGCUGGGGCACUUAAGAGGAAGGUCGCUGCUGUGAAGGGGGAGGAGUGGGGCUUGUACCCCAAAGAGGGAGACCAGGUUUCAUCACCUCCCCCGACUUCCCAGCUGGUAGCUAAACUGUUCCCCUCUGUAAAGCCCAAGGUGAAGCCUGGCCCAGCAGCAGCUGUGGAGCCUCCAACGGCAGUGGCUGAGCAGGUGGCAGGGCCUAAUCCCUUGUCACGACAGCUGAGGGAACGUCUGGUAGAGCUGGAGAUUGAGAUCGAACGCUUUAAGGAAGAGAAUGCUAAGCUGGCCCACCUGAAGCAGCAGAGGGAGGCUGGCUUGGAGGCGCUCAGGAAGGACGUGGUGGCCUUUGAGCAGAGGAAAGCGAAGGAGCUGGCUGACCUAGAGGAGAUGAAGAAAGAGGAGGCGCGGAAGCUGCAGCGAGAGCGCCGGGUGUUUGAAAGGCACGCGUCUGCCGCCAGAGCCGUACCCGACAAGAAGGAGCGCGAGGAGAUCCAGGCCUUGAAGCAGCAGCUGAGCUCCCUGCAGGACGAGCUCCGGCGCCGAGAGGCCCGCUGGUCCAACACUCACAGCCGUCUCCGGAAGCAACUGGAGACUCUCAGUGCAGAGAAUGCCGCCCUGCGGGAUGAGGUCCAGGUUCUGGAGAAGUUGCGAGUAGCGACCUGGAAGAAGGCAGAAGCGGAGAAGGAGAAAUGCACAGUGCAGGCUAAUGAUAUCUCCCAGACCAGCUCUAGGAGGUCCAAAUCUGAUAGUUCCACACGUACGACAUGUGACACUACGUUGCUGCCCUCAUCCACUAGGGGGAGCGUGCAGGGACAUAAUCCUCUUGCCACAGGUAAGCCCUCUGUCCACUGGGCAGAAGGGAAUAGAGCCUCAGAUCUUUGCAGAUGGACUGUAGUGGAGAAUUCAGUGUCACCUGAUUGUCUUCCUCGUAACUCUGGAGCUUUGGUAAAGGAACCAUGUGGGGAUGAGAAUGAAGAAGAUCGGAGACAGGAUGAAGUGGAAAGCCAGGAGACAAUUACCCACCCCGAUGGAAAGAUUGAGCAUGUGCUUCGCUGGGGGGGACGGCUUAUACUUUUUCCAAAUGGAACCCGUAAAGAAGUAUCAGCUGAUGGACAAACAGUGAAGAUCACCUUCUUCAAUGGGGAUGUCAAACAGGUCACAGAUGACCAGCAGGUGAUUUACUACUAUGCUGAGGCCCAAACCACUCACACCACAUACCCAGAUGGCAUGGAAGUGCUAAGGUUCCCCAAUAACCAAAUUGAAAAGCAUUUUCCAGAUGGCCGAAAGGAAAUCACUUUUCCCGAUCAGACAGUGAAGAACCUGUUUCCAGAUGGGAAGGAGGAGAGCAUAUUCCCUGACGGAACUGUCAUAGAAGCAGAACCGGAUGGUUCCAAGGUCAUCCGGUUUAACAACGGGCAGCGGGAGGUACACACAGCCACGUUCAAGCGGAGGGAGUACCCAGAUGGCACAGCCAAGACCAUUCAUGCAGACGGCCGUCAGGAAACCAGGUAUCCCACAGGCCGGCUGCGCGUCAAGGAUAAAGACGGACACAUCGUCAUGGAUACCAUGACAUAGACCCCCUGCCCGUUCUGCACGUGAUUGGAUUCGCCUCCCCUUGGAGCGGUCUUUGUGGAAAAUGCGUGUGUAUAUCUACCUUUUUUAUAAUUAUGUGUACAUAACAAAUAUUUAAUUAUUUAGUGUACAUUUUGUAAAAUAAAAAUUUUGAACAAUG